AUGCUUUUAAGUGAGAGAGAGAGGGAAGCUCAAUUUCCUUGUUAGAUCAGAGCUCGCUCAGCUUCUCUCUCUAUAAAAGUCUUCCGUUACAGUCAUUAAUAAACGCUGUCCUCUGCAAAACCUUAAUUUCUCUGCAAGACCUUCAUUUAUUGGUUUUGCAGAGAAAGAGCGAGAGAGAGUCAAUAACCGCAGGGCGACUUCAUUUUAAAGAUAAUUUAUCGCUCCGCUCCUCUUCCGGGAACCAUUAAUCUUCCUUGGCAAAACCAUAGUUCAUUCUUUUUCACUCGCUAUCAGGAUUAGUAUAGGGAGCUUUCUCUGAAAGCCCUAAUUUGCUGCUUUACUUGUUCUCAGAAUUAGGAGCUAGAAGCUUGCUUGAACAUCGAUUUCUCCUUAGUUUUCAGCAACUGAAUUCACAUUUCUUCAAAUUCGAUCUCAUGUUAAGUUCAUCAAUGAAACACGAAAGGAGAUGGAGAUCACAGCAAAAGCCAUCUUCUCAUACCAGCAAAUCAGCCCUAAUCAUGGUUCUGAUCUCUUGUCUCGCCUCUCUCUAUGUUGCUGGCCGAUUGUGGCAAGAUGCAGAGAAUCGAGUGCUUCUCACUACUCUUCUUCAAAAGAAUUCCGACCAGGCCCCAAAGGUGCUUACUGUUGAGGACAAGCUUUCAAGUCUUGGAUGCAAAGACUUAGCAAAGAGAAUUGCGGAGAUUGAGAUGGAAUUGACACGUGCCAGGAGCCAAGGCUACCUUAGAAAUAAAUUGAGGUCAAAUGUGUCUUCCUCUGGUCACAGGUUUCUCUCUGUCAUAGGAAUUUAUACUGGUUUUGGGAAUCGUUUGAACAGAAUAAGAAUUCGGAAUUCUUGGCUUCCCAAAGGUGAUGCCUUGAAGAAACUUGAGGAGAAGGGUAUUAUUGUUGGCUUUGUGAUUGGUAGAAGUGCAAAUAGAGGUGACAGCUUAGACCGUAAUAUUGAUGAUGAAAAUCGUCAGACGAAAGACUUCUUGAUUCUUGAAAGUCAUGAAGAAGCCCAAGAAGAGUUGCCAAAGAAAGCAAAAUUCUUCUUCAGUUCAGCUGUGGAAACUUGGGAUGCUGAUUUCUAUGUCAAGAUUGCUGACAAUAUUGAUGUUAACCUGGAUAAGUUGGUUGCACUACUUGAGAGUCAUCGUGGCAAAUCUAGCUCUUAUAUGGGGUGCAUGAAGUCUGGGGACGUGAUAAGCGAAGAGGGACAACAAUGGUAUGAACCGGAGUGGUGGAAAUUUGGAGAUGAUAAAUUUUAUUUUCGCCAUGUUGCUGAUCCACUUAUUAUUCUCUCAAAGAACUUGGCUGAGUACAUCAACAUAAACAGUGCAUCUCUCCAGACUUAUGCUCAUGAGGACAUAUCGGUUGGUUCUUGGAUGAUAGGCCUGGAUGCAACUUAUAUUGAUGAAAAGCGCCUCUGCUGUAGCAACUCUGGUCAAGACAGAAUAUGUUCCAUUGUUUGAAGAAUGAGAGGAGCUCUCCUUGGCAAUUGUAGGCAUGUGCUUGGAUGAAUACUGACAAUCUUGAACUAGUGGUCUUUGAUUAACACAUCACCUGUGAUUAUGGGGUUAUCCGACCAAUUCAUUCGGAUGCUAAUCUAACACCUAUAACAGUAGGGAGGAUGUUUUAUUUUUGUGGACCUGAGUAUUGGAUCACUCUAUUUCUUCAUUGGUUGUAAAAAUGUAUUUAUUGUCAUAAAAUGGAACCUCUGAUCUGUAACUCGAGUUUUGAUUCAAGAGAAGUGAAUUUUCAGAUGC